UUGUUUGUUUCCUGCUCCUCGGCGACAGUGACGCAGCAUGGUCAGAACCGGGAAGUCACGUGACUGCCGCGGCGGCCACGCCCACACCGCAAGUCUGCUGAAAAAGCCGCCAGGUGUCGGAAGAAGACUCUCAGCCAUGACAAGCAGCGUUGCCAAGAUGUCCAAGAAGAUCCCGUUCCAGAGUCCCGCGUUGGAGGCGGCAGCGGCGGUGUCGGUGGACGUGUCCAUCAUCCGCAUCCCGCCCCACCACUACGUCCACGUGUUGGACCAGAACACCAACAUCGCCCGUGUGGAGAUCGGGCCGCUCACCUUCAUCCGCCAAGAUCACGAGAGGGUCCUGUUCUUGCCGGUGCGGAUGAUCACGGUGCCGCCGCGCCACUUCUGCGUGAUCGCCAACCCGGUGGCGUGCGACGACGACGGCCGCGUCCUCUUCGACGAUGCGGGCCAGGCCAAGCUGCGCCACGCCGACCUGGAGAUCCGCCUGUGCCGGGAUCCUUUCCCGCUGUACCCCGGAGAGGAGAUCCAGCAGGAGGUGACGCCGCUGCAGGUGGUCUAUCCCGACACGGCACUGCGACUGCGGGCGCUGCUGGACUUCCAGGAGGAGGGCGGCAAGAGACGGGUCGCCGGGGACGAGUGGCUUUUCGAGGGACCCGGGACGUACAUCCCCAAGAAGGAAGUGGCGGUCCUGGAGACCAUCAAGGCCACGGUGAUCCGGGUGAACCAAGCCAUCAGACUGCGAGCUCGCAAGGAGGGAGUCGACCGCAGCGGCGUGUACCGCGUCACAGGGGAGGAGUGGCUGGUCGGCAAAGUGGGGGCGUACCUGCCGGACGCGCACGAGGAAGUGCUGGACAUCGUCAACGCCUUCAUCCUGACCGACAAGAAAGCGCUGCACGUGCGCGCCCUGCGGGCCUUCAAGGACACGGGGGACCGCCAGCGGCGUACGGGCGACGAGUGGCUGGUGACCAACAGCGACCACGAGGCGCACAUCCCCUCGGUGGCGGAGGAGGUGGUGGGCGUGGUGGAGGUGACCACGCUGAGCAGCCGCCAGUACUGCGUCAUCCUGGACCCGGUCGGACCCGACGGCAAACCUCAGCUGGGCCAGAAGAGGGUGGUGAAGGGGGAGCGCUCCUUCUUCCUGCAGCCCGGCGAGCGUCUGGAGCGCGGCAUCCAGGACGUGUACGUGCUGUCCGAGGAGGAAGGUCUGCUCCUGCGAGCCGUCCAGGCCUUCACCGACACCGAGGAGCGCGAGGUGGCCGAGGACGAGGAAGAGGAGCGGAGCAAGCGCCCGCGCCAAAGCGCCGUCCUUCGCCGUCCUGGCGACCGCUGGAUGCUGCGAGGCCCCGUGGAGUACGUGCCCCCUGCCACGGUGGAGGUGGUGCAACGGCGGCAGGCCAUCCCGCUGGAUGAGAACGAGGGCAUCUACGUGCGGGACAUGAAGACGGGCAAGGUGCGAGCGGUCAUCGGGCAGACGUACAUGCUGAAUCAGGACGAGGAGAUGUGGCAGAAGGAACUUCCUCUCAACGUGGAGACGCUGCUGGCCUCCACCCGCGACCCUUUGGCCGACCGCUCGGACCGGAGCAAGAUGGCGGAGGGCAAAGCGAGGACCAAGACGCAGGUGGUCUCCUACAGAGUCCCCCACAAUGCGGCGGUGCAGGUUUACGACUACCGGGAGAAAAGGGCCAGGGUGGUGUUUGGACCGGAGCGCGUGAUGCUGGGUCCUGACGAGCAGUUCACCGUGCUGUCGCUGUCGGGGGACCGCCCCAAGCGAGGCAACGUGAUCAAGGCCAUCUGUCUGCUGCUGGGCCCCGACUUCUUCACCGACAUCAUCACCAUCGAGACCGCCGACCACGCCCGCCUGCAGCUGCAGCUCUCCUACAACUGGCACUUUGACGUCAAGUCGCCCGUGGACCCCGCCGAAGCCGCCGCCCUGUUCUCCGUGCCCGACUUUGUGGGCGACGCCUGCAAGGCCAUCGCGUCUCGGGUCCGAGGCGCAGUGGCGUCCGUGCAGUUUGACGACUUCCACAAGAACUCCAACCGCAUCAUCUGCUCGGCCGUGUUCGGGUUCGACGAGAAGCUAGCGGUGCGCCAGAGUCUGCGCUUCCAUCAGAACCGCCUGGUCAUCAGCAGCGUGGACAUCCAGUCUGUGGAGCCCGUGGACCAGAGGACGCGAGACUCCCUGCAGAAGAGCGUCCAGCUCGCAAUCGAGAUCACCACCAACUCCCAGGAGGCCACCGCACGUCACGAGGCGGAGCGUCUGGAGCAGGAGGCGCGAGGCCGGCUGGAGAGACAGAAGAUCAUGGACCAGGCGGAAGCUGAGCGAGCCAGGAAGGAACUUCUAGAACUGGAGGCUCUCAGCGCGGCGGUGGAGAGCACGGGCGCCGCCAAGGCGGAGGCUCAGUCCCGGGCGGAGGCGGCGCGCAUCCAAGGCGAGGCGGCGGUCCACGAGGCCAAACUGAAAGUGGAGGCUCAGAGCAUCGAGGCGGAGGCGGAGCUGGAGCGUCUGGCGAAAGCUCGCCAGCAGGAGCUGAGCUACAGGAAGCAGAUGGACCAGCUGGAGGUGGACAAGCAGCAGCGUCUGUCCAACAUGGAGAGCGAGCGCUUCAGCCAGCUGGUGGCCAGCCUGGGCAGCGACACGCUGAAGGAGAUGGCGAGGGCCGGCCCCGAGCUGCAGGUGAAGUUGCUGCAGGCCCUCGGACUCAAGUCCACCCUCAUCACAGACGGCGUGUCGCCCAUCAACCUCUUCACCACCGCCAACGGCCUGCUGGGGGCGCUGCCCGCGCCCGCACCGUGACGCCACUGGGAGGAGCCUCCCUUCAUCUAGGCACACCUAGCUUAGAUGCAUGUGUACGUCUAGGUGACAGGUCCUAUACUUCCACAUGACCUCACCUACAUCUAGAUGACCUCAUCUAGUUGAUAUGUCCUACAGACCCAGAUAUGUCCUAUUGAUUUCGAUGACAUCAUCUAGAAGUAGGUGAUGGCGUCAUCACCUACUUCUAGACGACGUCAUCUUGAUGUAGGUGAUGACGCCAUCUAUUUGUAGGUGACGACAUCAUCUAGGUGUGGGUGAUGACAUCAUCUAGGUGUAGGUGAUGACAUCAUCUGGAAGUAGGUGAUGACAUCAUCUGGAAGUAGGUGAUGAAGUCGUCUAGAUGUAGGUGAUGACAUCGUCUAGAUGUAGGUGAUACAUCAUGUAGAUGUAGGUGAUGACAUCAUCUAGAUGUAGGUGAUGACAUCAUGUAGAUGUAGGUGAUGACGUCGUCUAGAUGUAGGUGAUGACAUCGUCUAGAUGUAGGUGAUACAUCAUGUAGAUGUAGGUGAUACAUCAUGUAGAUGUAGGUGAUACAUCAUGUAGAUGUAGGUGAUGACAUCAUCUAGAUGUAGGUGAUGACAUCGUCUAGAUGUAGGUGAUGACAUCGUCUAGAUGUAGGUGAUGACAUCGUCUAGAUGUAGUUGACAUCGUCUAGAUGUAGUUGACAUCGUCUAGAUGUAGGUGAUGACAUCGUCUAGAUGUAGGUGAUGACAUCGUCUAGAUGUAGUUGAUGACAUCGUCUAGAUGUAGGUGAUGACAUCGUCUAGAAGUAGGCGAUGACAUCGUCUAGAUGUAGGCGAUGACAUCGUCUAGAUGUAGGCGAUGACAUCGUCUAGAUGUAGGCGAUGACAUCGUCUAGAAGUUGGUGAUGAAGUCGUCUGGAAAUUGGUGAUAUUUGGUAUGUUUGUGCUGAUGCAUCUGCUUGCAGGAAUAAAGUGUGCUUGAGAAGGCA